UUAACUGUUUUUUCAUGACUUGAUAGCUUUUUCCCUUUUCAUGUAUGUUAUUUCACCGGUUUUUCUUACCUACACCUAUUUACAAUUACUAAUUUUUGUACAAAAAAUAUUGUUUGUCAAAACAAUGCUACAGAACUAGAAAAUGAUAUGUGUAAGCCAAAUACAUUGUGUGUAGCUCAUACGCCACAGACUUCUCUCUUUCUCUCUCUCUCUCUCUCUCUCUCUCUCUAUGGAGUUCUUCUUGGCAAUCUAUCUGCUUCCUCUCACCUACAUCAUCUUCCAACUUUGCAAGAUGGUCCUCCAAUGGAGAGACCAAUGCUGCUACAUGAUAGAUUACCAGUGCUACAAAGCCACAGAAGACAGGAAGCUAAACACUGAACUAUGCGCCAACAUCAUCCUCCGAAACAAGAACCUAGGCUUAGAAGAAUACAAGUUCCUCUUACAGACCAUUGUCAGCUCCGGCAUAGGCGAAGAAACUUACGCCCCAAGAAACGUCGUCUCGGGGGGAGAACAGUGCCCUACCUUUCCCGAUGCGCUCUCCGAGAUGGACGACACCAUUUACAACACGCUCGACGAGCUGUUCGCUCGGACAGAGAUUUCUCCGUCCAACAUCGACAUUCUCGUCGUGAACGUGUCAUUGCUGGCUGUUGUGCCAUCAUUGACAGCUCGCAUUGUAAACCGGUACAAAAUGAAGGAAAAUGUCAAGGCAUUCAACCUUUCCGGCAUGGGUUGCAGCGCCAGCCUCGUCGCCAUUGAUCUCGUAAAAAACUUGUUCAAGUGUCAUGACAACGCGUUCGCCGUUGUCGUGAGCACAGAGUCGAUGGGUCCAAACUGGUACUGCGGGAGGGAAAGAUCAAUGAUGCUCUCCAACUGUUUGUUCCGCUCGGGCGGUUGUUCGAUGCUCUUGACGAACAACAGAUCUUUGACAUACCGAGCUAUUUUGAAAAUGAAUUGUAUGGUGCGUACGCAUCUUGGUGCAGACAAUGAGGCAUACGAGUGUUGCAUACAAAUGGAAGACGAUCUCGGGUACCUUGGGUUUCGGCUCAGUAAAGGCCUAACCAAAGCGGCAGCUAAAGUUUUCACCAUGAACCUAAGGGUGCUAUUACCUAAAGUACUACCACUUUGGGAACUCCUUCGCUACACCAUUAAUAAAUUAUCUAACCGCUGUGACGGUCAGAACAAAGUUAGGGGAGCUGGAGCAGCAGGGUUGGGUUUGAACCUCAAGACCGGUGUCGAGCACUUCUGUAUACACCCGGGUGGGAAGGCGGUGAUAGAUGGGGUUGGGAAGAGUCUAGGGCUCAGUGAGGAUGACCUUGAACCGGCUCGAAUGGCACUUCAUCGGUUUGGGAACACGUCGGCCGGCGGGCUAUGGUAUGUUUUGGGUUACAUGGAGGCUAAGAAGAGGCUGAAGAAGGGUGAUAGGGUUUUGAUGAUCAGUUUUGGAGCUGGGUUUAAGUGCAAUAACUGUGUGUGGGAAGUGAUGAGGGAUUUGGACGAGAAGGGUGUUUGGAAAGACUGCAUAGAGAGUUACCCACCAAAACCCCAACUGGUCAACCCUUUCAUGGAGAAGUAUGGGUGGAUCAAUGAUGAAAGUCUGAGCUUUAUCAGACUUGACUAGAAGGUAAUGUUCUAGCACAGUCCUCAUUAAUCAGCAGUGGUACUAACAACAACACAAACAAAUCACAUAAUGAGAUAUAGAUACUUAUAUGGCUGCAACUUCCACAGCAAAUGGGACCUAUAAGUAUGAGAGUGUCUGUGUUGUGUUCUGUGAUUUAUUUAUUUGUUAUUGGCAGUAACUAUUGUAAGAGUGUCCACUAUUCUGAGAUCCAGUGAUUGGUUUAGUAAAUAAAAAUUUGGAGACUGAUGUUUUAUUCAA